AUGGACUCGGGUUCCAAAGACAAUGAGCAGGGAGAAGUGAGGCUGAGCAGACAAAGAAGCGAGCGCAACAGGAAGAAAGGAUCUGGGCAACUUGAAGAGCUGCUCGGAGCAGGACAGAACAAGACGAGAUAUCCCAGCCCAAGAAUAACCAGCACUAUGACCGGGCCGGAGUCCCAGAAAGGCGACGCUACCACCACCACUACCGCCAACAACAACACCAUCAUCAUCAUCAACAGCAAGAACGACUACGACACUCCUGCCGGCCUGCUCGCGCUCCAAGCGACCGCGCAGACCCUCGUCGCGACCCUCGACCGCCAUGCCCGCCGUAUCCUCGCCGCGCUGGGCUCCGACCGGGCGACCCCGCGGGCAGAGGCCGAGGCCGAGGCGGAGGCGGUGCGGAGGAUGCUCCGGGAACUGGACGCCGUCCGGCACCGGGUCUGCGUGGGGAAGGCGGAGAGGCCGGCGGUGGCGGCGGUGGCGGUGGAGGACGUGGCGCGGAAUGUGCGGUGGUUGUGGAAGGUUGGGAACGCGCUGGGGGACCUGGAAGUCUGGGGAGGGAGAGAGGAAGGAAGGAAGGAAGGGGGGAGAGCCAGAGUAAGAGGCAGAACCAGAGAAUCAGCGCAGCCGCAUGACGAUUGA